AUGAGUCUGCCGACGUUUGCCGUUCUCGGUGCUGCGCCUCCCCCGGACACAUUACCGGGCAAAGUCGUGCAAACUUGGCUUAUUCGCUUCAACAACGCGCUCUCUCAGCAAGACAUCCCUGCGAUCACCUCGCUCUUCCUUGACGACGGGUGGUGGAGGGAUCUGCUCAGCCUGACAUGGGACUUUCGCACCUUCCAAGGACACGAUCGCAUCACCGAAUUCCUUCAAGACCGCCUACGCCUCAGCCAGGUUUCAAACUUCGACUUAUAUGAUGCCCACGCCCACCCACCCGCUCUGAUAGCCCCUUACCCCGACCUGGGGUGGGUACAAGCUUUGCUCCGUUUCGACACUGGCGUUGGAAAAGGGUGGGCGGUAGUGCGGCUUGUCUAUCUUCCAGAGCAGGAGUGGAGGAUCUUCACUCUACAGACUGUUCUUGACAGUCUCAGCGGUGCAGAACUCGACAUCGACUUCAACUACCCAGAGCCUCAAGAUACUGCUACAGCUGAAAAGGCUGCGGAGCUCGUCCGUCAAGCAGAUCCGACAGUGUUGAUUAUUGGAGCUGGACAGUCCGGUCUCGGUUUGGCGGCUAGGCUCAAGCUCCUAGGCGUGAGCAGUUUGCUGGUAGAGAAGACCGCUCGUGUUGGAGACCAAUGGAGAAACGUGCGAUAUGCUAGUCUGAGGGUACACGAUCCCAUAGACCAGCUACCGCUCUUCUCAAUGCCGGAACCACCACUCUGGCCAGUUUUCACCCCAGGAAACAAAAUCGGAGACUGGUUUGAGGCGUACGCAAAGCUGCUCGAUCUGAACGUCUGUACCUCCAGCACCGUUCGAGACCCGAAAUACGAUCCCCUGGCCAAAGAGUGGAUGAUCACCAUUAUCAACCUGGACGGAGGUUUCCUUACGGUCAAGGCGAAGUAUGUGGUCUGGGCGACGGGUCUGGCAGGAGGACAUCCUGUUAUGCCAGACUACGAAGGCAUGGACAAUUUCAAAGGACCCAUCCUGCAUGCGACGCAGACGCGACACCCUUCCGAGUUUAAAGGAAAGAAAGUCGUCGUUAUUGGGAGCGGAGUCACAGGGCACGACAUUUGCCGCGAUCUGUCACUCGAUGGCGUUGAUGUUACCAUGAUCCAGCGCGGGAGUACAUAUGUCAUGUCGGUGAAGAAUGCCAUACCGAUUCAGUGGAAAGAUCUCUACUGGAAGGGAAGUCCACCGACGGAGGUUGCUGACCUCCUAUACUAUUCUUUCCCCCAUUUCGUGGCAAUGACUUUGGCGGUCCGCUUCACCACAAAGGUGGCAGAAAUGGAUCAGGAGAUGCUCGAAGGGCUAGAGCGCGUUGGGUUCAGGACAAACAUGGGUAUCGAAGGCACCGGCUUGUACCGGCUCGCCUUAGAAAGGUUCGGAGGAUCAUACAUCAACGUUGGGGCCAGCGAGAUGAUCAUAGACGGGCGUAUCAAGCUCAAGAACGAUUCUCCCAUUCAUUCGUUUGUUGCAGAUGGCGUCAAGUUUGCUGACGGUUCGUUUCUUCCGGCUGAUGCUGUCAUAUGCGCUACUGGGUAUGGGCACAUGCACACUUCAAUUGAAGAAACAUUUGGUAAAGAUGUUCGUGGGGCGCUAAAAGAGAAGUUUUGGGACUUUGAUACAGAGGGGGAAAUCAACGGGAUUUGGCGCAACUCUGGACAUGAGCGUUUCUUCGUUGCAUAUGGUGAAAUUGGCGCUUGUCGCGAUUCCGAUUUUCGAGGCAUGAGCUGA